AUGAGGCAUAUUAAAUUAAAUAUCUCACUCAUCCUGCCAACUACUAAAGACCCACUUUCUUUUGUAGACUUGGAUCCAAAUGAGGAAAUUCGAAUCAUACUGAUUGGAAAGACAGGAAAUGGAAAGAGUGCAUCGGGAAACACCAUCCUAAACCGAGAGGCUUUUAUAUCAGUCCUUUCACCGUGUUCUGUGACAUCAGAGUGUGAUAAGGCACGAGGAACAGUGGCUGGAUGCAGGGUUGCAGUGAUUGACACACCAGGGAUUUAUGACACAAAGUACAAAGAAGAUGAGGUGAUCAGAAAGCUGAGAAUGUGCAUCUCUCUCUCAGCUCCUGGUCCUCAUGUGUUCUUGAUUGUGAUCAAGUUGGACAGAUUCACAGAGGAGGAACUUAAGACAGUUGAACUCCUACAGAUGGUGUUCGGCAACAAAGCUGCAGACUACUUCGUGGUCCUCUUCACUCAUGGUGAACAACUUGGAUGCACAACAGUUGAAGAUUUUAUCAGUCGCUGUCCCAAACUUAGCCAUUUUGUUUCAAAAUGUAAUGGGCGGUAUCAUGUCUUUAACAACAAAGAUCCCAGUGAGAGUCAGGUACCUCAGCUGCUUGAUAAGAUAAAAAGAAUGGUCAAUUAUAAUGGUGGAAGAUUUUACACAAAUGAACUAUUACAGGAGGCUGAAAGAGCAAUCCAAGAAAAAGCGGAGAUGAUUAUGAAAGCUAAUGCAGAGAAGAAACGCAGAGAAGAAGCAAAACUGAGGUCCAUACUUCAAGGAGAACAGCUGAAGGCCAAACUAAAGCAGCUGGAUGAAGACUACAAAAGACAAUCAAGAGAAAAGGCUGAGAAGAAAAACAGAUUUACUGAAGGUGGUAUGAUGUCAGCAACAGCUGAAGUCGGGAUGACAAUUGGGGUUGCUGCAGGAGCUGUUGGGGGUCCACUUUGCGCCGCCGCUGGAGCAGUGGUGGGUGGAGUUGUUGGGGCUUUAGCGGGAGCCAUUGGACCGAUUGCAGUAAAAGCUUUGAAAAACAAAUGCAUUGUACAAUAA